GCGUGCGGGCGUGCGAGUGGGAGGAGGCGACGCUGCUGGGCUGAGGUGCGAGGAGGAGCCGUGACCGCCGACUCGGAGGGCGGAUGUAAGUCGGAGUACAGCAGAAAAUGUCCACUGAACGUCCCUCUUGGACAAAUUUGUCCACUAUUCAGAAAAUAGCACUGGGCCUCGGGAUCCCCGCAGGUGCAACAGUUGCCUAUAUCCUAUACCGCAGAUACAGGGAAAGCAGAGAAGAACGCCUGACAUUUGUGGGGGAGGAUGACAUUGAGAUAGAGAUGCGAGUGCCUCAGGAGGCUGUGAAGCUCAUCAUUGGCCGGCAAGGAGCCAAUAUUAAACAGCUGCGGAAACAGACAGGUGCUCGGAUUGAUGUGGACACGGAGGAUGUAGGCGAUGAGCGGGUGCUGCUUAUCAGUGGUUUUCCUGUUCAGGUGUGCAAAGCCAAAGCAGCAAUCCAUCAGAUCCUGACAGAGAAUGCUCCAGUGUCUGAGCAGCUCUCAGUUCCCCAGAGAUCUGUGGGCAGAAUCAUAGGGAGAGGUGGCGAGACAAUUCGUUCUAUCUGCAAGGCCUCUGGAGCCAAAAUUACCUGUGACAAAGAAUCAGAGGGGACAUUACUACUAUCAAGACUUAUUAAAAUCUCAGGAACACAGAAGGAAGUGGCAGCAGCCAAGCAUCUGAUACUAGAGAAAGUUUCAGAAGAUGAAGAACUUCGGAAGAGAAUUACUCAUUCUGCAGAAACCAGAGUCCCACGCAAGCAGCCAAUCAGUGUAAGAAGAGAGGAAGUGAGAGAGUCAGGUGCAGCUGGAGAGCCAGCUCUAUGGAAAAACUCUGGUACUAGCAAGGAGCAGGCUUCACCACUGGCAGUUCCUCCCUGCAAAGGAGGUGGUGACAUGGUUGCUAUAGGGCCAGAAGAAGGUUCCUGGGAGAAACCUAAUGGUGACAGCUUUCAGAAGCCUGGAGCCCAGAGCAGUCCAGAGAUGUCCGUGUUUGAAAUCCCCAGUCCUGACUUCAGUUUCCAUGCUGAUGAGUUCCUGGAAGUCUACGUCUCUGCUUCUGAACAUCCUAACCACUUCUGGAUUCAAAUCAUUGGUUCUCGAAGCCUGCAGUUGGAUAAGCUUGUCAAUGAGAUGACCCAGCACUAUGAGAAUAGUCUGCCUGAAGACAUGACUGUGCAUGUAGGAGACAUUGUAGCAGCACCUUUAUCUACAAAUGGUUCCUGGUAUCGAGCCCGGGUCCUUGGCACUUUGGAGAAUGGGAACCUAGACCUCUACUUUGUUGACUUUGGAGAUAAUGGAGAUUGCCCACUGAGGGACCUCAGGGCACUCAGGAGUGACUUCCUAAGUCUUCCAUUUCAAGCAAUAGAGUGUAGUCUGGCACGGAUCGCCCCCUCAGGUGAACAAUGGGAAGAGGAAGCUUUGGAUGAGUUUGACAGACUCACUCACUGUGCUGACUGGAAGCCUCUGGUGGCCAAGAUCUCUAGCUACGUCCAGACUGGUAUCUCAACUUGGCCGAAGAUCUACUUAUAUGAUACUAGCAAUGGGAAGAAACUUGAUAUUGGGUUAGAAUUAGUUCGUAAAGGAUAUGCAAUUGAGCUUCCUGAAGACGUGAAAGAAAACAGAACUGUCCCAGAUGUGUUACAUGAUGUGGACACAGAAACAGAUGUUUCUCUCAGCAGCAUGUGCACUGAGACAAAAAAGAGCUCUGGAGAGAUAGCAAAUACCCUCUCCUGCCUUAGCUUAUCAGGAUUUGGUGCCUGGAGAGAGGAGCAUAUGACAAAGAGAUCUACGCUGUUCCUCCUUUAUUACACAAUAUGGUUUGCUGUGGACCAAAUGCAUUUUCUCCUUCCGUGGGAUGACCAGAAAGAGUAUAGGGUAGAGGGAAGUACUCCACCCCACACCAACCUUCCUUCCAGUGUUUAAAUACUGCUGCAUUAUGUCCAGGCUGCUCAACAUCUGGCUUGUUCCCCUCAGCCAGUCCGAAUGCAUACUCCUGCUAGGCUGUGUCAUUUUUGAGGCUGGGAAGCAGCCAAGGUUUGGUCGUUGGAAGUGAUGAUUCUGCACACUUCUGACUCACCUUCUCAGGUGACUCUGGUGAAGGGAAGAUUUUGAGUGAUGAACUGAAAGACUGCAGUUGAGUCAGAAGGCAAAGGCAAAAAUCAGCACAUUUGUAUUAAAAACCUUCAGGAAGUGGGUAAGAGAGUGCUGCCUCUCAUCCUCAAUUGCUGAUGCUAUUGGAGACAAGUCUUUUGAAAACAGUGUUCCAUCUAUUUUUCUGUACACUUUGGUUAAAAUAUAAGGGGAGAGGCAGCUCAGGAAAUAUUCUAAAUUGCUAGCAUAGCAUCUGUAAAAUACACACACACACACACACACACACACACACACACAGCCCCGAAGAAAGAGAAUAUAUAUAGUUGUUUAAAGUGUUUGGGAGAUUCUUUGCUGAAUAAAGUUCUCAAAAAAUUAUCUGAAACUAAAUACUGGUUGAAUCACAAGGUGGAAGCAGGUCUUUGGGUAUCUUCUGAACCUAAGUCUCGUAAAAAUUGUGAAUACCUCACAUAGAGGGGCCCAUCUGUGAACAAGUGCUCCUCCCGUGUAUUCUUUCCCUAAAGUUUCCAAGAACUACUUAGGUUCGGGCUGUGUGAAUAAGACCCCACCUAAAGUUUGGAAGAAAAGGCCUGGAUUAGGAUUCUAGAAACCUGGGUCUGCAAAUAGAUCUCUGGACUUCAGGUAGCCUGCUUCUCUACAGCCUCUCUCCACUUCUGGUGGUAUGGUGAGGAUCUAGUGGAAACUUAAAGGUACUUGAAAGUAAAUAUAAAUGUAAUAUGGGAGGUAAAACAAUGGCAAAUAAAUAUUUUUUAAAGGAUCAACAAGGUAAACUGGAAAACUUGAAAUUAGCACAUAAGAGUACCUUUUUUAAAAAUCUAGGAAUGAGUGAUCUAGGUCUGUCCCUACAUGGCAACUCUAUAUUCU